GAGCCAUUUUAUUGGCUGUUGCAUGCAAUUAACAAACAAAUCAAGACGACGUGAAAAAUGCGGGAAGAAAGACUUCCUCAAAACGUCGUCUCUAAGCAACGAUUCACUCUCUUCCUCGUUUUCUCUCUCCUCAUCGUCGCCGCCGAUUCCGCCACCACCGAUUCACAGAUCCAAUGCAGCAAAAGAUGCAUAGCUUUAAAUUGUGAUAAUGUUGGAAUUAAGUAUGGGAAAUUCUGUGGGGUAGGGUAUAGUGGAUGUCCAGGAGAGAAGCCUUGCGACGAUGUUGAUGCUUGUUGCGAAAUCCAUGACAAUUGUGUUGACAAACAUGGUAUGACAAACAUAAAAUGCCACGAAAAGUUCAAGAGAUGCAUCAAGAAAGCGCAUAAAUCUGGAAAGGCUGGUUUUUCAAAAGAUUGCCCUUAUAAUGUUGUGGUGCCUACCAUGGUACAAGGAAUGGAUAUGGCUAUUUUAAUGAGCCAAUUUGCUUCUCCAAGGAUUGAACUUUAGGCCACUUUUUUUUACUGAUUUAAAAGAGCAGAAACAUGUAAAACACUGAAAAUUUUGUUCUACAGGAUAGAUCUACCAUUGAGGAAGUAUAUACUGUAUUCUCCAUUGAUUAAAGGUUAUUCAUUGUCAGGCUUAUCA